GAUCUUAAACAUCACAAUGUACAAAUCGUGGGCAACUGUAAAUAUUUUUAUGGUAUCUCUUCUGCAUUUGCUUCAGGGAUCUGAUUAUGAGUAUGGAUCUGUGAAGAGGACAUCCCUGUCAGCAUUAGAACGAUCAGAACAGCAGAUCAGGAAAGCAGCCAGUCUAGAAGAGCUGCUUCGAAUCACUCAUUCAGAAGACUGGAAGCUGUGGAAAUGCAGGCUAAAACUCAAAAGCCUGGCCAAUUUUGAUUCCCGAUCUGCAUCGCAUCGCUCCACUAGAUUUGCUGCUGCUUUCUAUGACAUCGAUACACUAAAAGUCAUAGAUGAGGAGUGGCAAAAAACUCAGUGUGUGCCAAGGGAAACCUGUGUGGAAGUUGCCAAGGAGCUGGGUACAACCACCAACAAAUUCUUUAAGCCUCCCUGUGUGAAUGUGUUCCGAUGUGGAGGCUGCUGCAAUGAGGAGAGUCUGAGCUGCAUGAAUACAAGCACAACUUACGUUUCAAAAACGCUUUUUGAGAUUUCAGUUCCUUUGACAAAUGUGCCAGAGCCAGUGCCAGUCAAAAUUGCCAACCAUACUGGUUGUAAGUGCUCAUCAAAUAUUCAGCGUCCCCCUUAUACCAUCAUACGAAGAUCAGUCCAGUAUCCAGAGGAGGACAGAUGCCCUUUUUCCAACAAACUUUGCCAUAGUGGGUGGAUAUGGGACAGUGACAAAUGUGAAUGUGUGGUGGACACACAGCAUCCCAACCGAAGAGAAGGACUCCCUCCUCUUGCUGAGCUGGCUAUGUGUGGACAACAUAUGGAAUUUGAUGAAGAUAACUGUGAGUGCAUCUGCAAACGGAAAUGUCCUAUCGAUUUCUUUCAAAGUAAAGAGAACUGCAGCUGCUAUUUGUGUCAGGAGAGCCAGGAGAGCUGUGCUCAGAAACACAAAAUAUUUCAUGCUGAAACCUGCAGCUGUGAAGACAGGUGCCCAUCCCAACCCAGAAUGUGCCCAACUGCAAAGCCUGUGUGUUCAAGGCACUGUCGCUGUCCAAAGGAGAAGAGAGGCUCUCAUGGAUCCCAAAGCAAAGAAAAUCCUUGAUCAAGCUUGCCCUACCCUUCUUUCCCAACAAUACACUGCUUUGCAAAGUAGCUGUCACUGACUUUUAAAUCAUUAGUAAACAUGGACAUCUUCCACUUUCUUGGCAGAAGAAUGAACCCUGUCUGCAUUUAUUUAUUAGAUUAAUCACUAACUGUUAGUAGAUCCUCUGGGUCAUUGGCAGCCAUCCUGUAAUGGAUAACUAUAGUAGAAGGAUUACUGCUGUAGAAGAGGAACAGUGGUAGGAGCCAACUCAACAUUGUAAUAUGGAGGAUGAAGUUGGUAAAAGGGUGACAGCCAUCAUCCAGUUAUAUAAAAAUUCAAACUAAAUAGACUUAGUCUCUCAAUUCCUUGCUACUGCAACCCUCUGUUGAAACAUUCUUCAAAACUUCAAUGUACAGGAUUGGGCUUCUCACAUGUUCAACACUGACUUAUUUGAUCUACUGUCCAGCUUUGAUUAUCAUUUUAAAUUUAUUUUACAACUACUGUCAGAUGUGCCAUAUUUAAAUGUAUAUAAGAAAAUAAAUACAUCAGUUAUUCAAUCCAUA